ACAUCACCACCCAUCUCCCCAACCCUCUCCACUCCUUUACCUCUCAGAACGAAGCUCGCAUCAUGACCACCGAAAAGCCUCUGCCGUUCGUCUACCAGUUCGCGGCUGGUGCCGUGGCUGGUGUCUCCGAAAUCCUGGUUAUGUAUCCGCUGGAUGUGGUCAAGACACGAGUACAAAUCCAGACUGGCAAGGGAGUCGGUGAAGAUAGCUACAAUGGCAUGGUGGACUGCUUCCGGAAGAUCAUCAGGAACGAAGGAGUUUCGAGGCUAUAUCGCGGUAUCACUGCUCCUAUUCUGAUGGAAGCUCCGAAGAGAGCUACCAAAUUCGCUGCCAAUGACGCGUGGGGAAAAUUCUAUCGCAACCAAUUUGGCGUGGCCAAAAUGAACCAAUCCCUUGCCAUCCUCACGGGCGCAUCUGCUGGAGCUACCGAAGCCUUCGUCGUCGUCCCCUUCGAGCUUGUCAAGAUCAGGUUGCAAGAUAAAGCACAAGCACACAAAUACAAUGGCAUGAUCGACGUCGUGCGCAAGAUCAUCACACAGGAGGGGCCAUUGGCCAUGUACCAGGGCCUCGAGAGCACCAUGUGGAGGCACGUUCUGUGGAACGCUGGAUACUUCGGGUGCAUCUUCCAAGUUCGCGCGCUUAUUCCGGUCGCGAAAGAUAAAAAGGGACAGGUCUUCAACGACCUUAUUUCUGGUGCCAUUGGCGGCACUGUUGGAACGAUCAUCAACACUCCUAUGGACGUCGUAAAGUCGCGUAUUCAGAACACCGCGAGAGUCCCCGGACAGGUACCCAAGUACAACUGGGCAUGGCCAGCCCUGGGCACGGUCAUGAAAGAGGAGGGCUUCGGCGCGCUAUACAAGGGCUUUUUGCCCAAGGUUCUUCGAUUGGGCCCGGGUGGAGGCAUCCUGUUGGUUGUCUUCACCGGCAUGAUGGAUUUCUUCAGGACGAUACGCGGAGACAAGUAGAGUUCUUGCAUAUACGGACUGGAUGCUGUAUGCUGGAGAAGCUUUGGCCUUGACUGCAAUAGACUGUACAAUCUGUAUCUACGCCAGCAGCGGAAAAUGUAGAUUAUCAGGCUCGCGAAUCCUCACACGUCAAACUGAGUCUCACACAAAUCUGUCAGAUGAGCAUCUAAGGAAUCCAUUGAUUGUGAUUUGUCCACCAGCUUUUCAGGCUAAGAGCUGUCUAUGUAGGUAAUAGGUACGUUUGGCAAGGCUGAAAACACCUCCCAGGCUGAACUCCUUACUCA